UUCUAGAGCAAACCCUGCGACUGCGAGAGCUCUGUUUCGCAUCCGCGAGUUUACCAUUCAGCGAUCGUGCAAAUGCGGAGAUUUGGGAGAAAAGCCGCGCAGUACUACUUCUUGGCCAGUUCGCCGGGUUCCUGUUCCUCAAUCUCAACUCUCUCACAGUCUGCACCCAAUCCAUGGAACCAGGCAUGUGAUCAUUCGCUCUGCCGCGCUACACUUGCCGCUCCCUGGUCAGCCAUCCAACGCCGCGGAGCUAAAGUCAUGGGUUCGGAUGUCAGGUUUGGAAAUGUCAUACAAAGAAAAGGCCGCAUUUUCCAGGUUCUGAAAGCACAACAUACGCAACAUGGAAGGGGAGGAGCUACUAUUCAGGUGGAACUUCGAGAUGUUGAUAAUGGGAACAAAAUAACUGAGAGAUUCCGUACUGAUGAGAAUAUUGAGAGAGUUUUUGUUGAAGAGAAGUCUUUUACAUUUCUGUAUCAAGAAGGUGACUCUGUCACAUUAAUGGAAGCAACCACAUUUGAGCAAAUUGAAGUGGCAAAGGAAUUGUUUGGCAAGGCAGCUGGUUAUCUAAAAGAUGACAUGAAGGUGACUGUGCAAUACUACGAUGGGAAACCGAUGUCUGCAUCAGUUCCUCAACGUGUCACAUGCACUGUUGUUGAUGCACAACCUAAUACAAAAGGACUGACAGCUGCUCCCCAGUGCUCAUGUGUAGAUGCAUACAUACAAGCUUUCUUCCCAUUCACCAGUUCUCUCUCACUUCUUCCACACCAAGCCCUUCUCUCUCUCUCUCUCUCCCCCUGCAGCUUGCUUGCUCCCAAUCCUCACUGCCAGGACAGAAUCCUCACUGCAGCUACCCAAAGUGGUACCCCCGGCGACUCCCUUGGCCACAGGUGGGCCCACCCUGGCCUGGGCGUGGUUUUGGUGCAUUGGCUGCCCGCGAAGCUCCGCAUUUCAUGCAUCCUCCUACUACUAGUUCAAAGGUAUAAAAGAGUUUUACUGGAUAAUGGACUUACUGUGCUUGCACCUCCUUUUAUUGCUGCUGGUGAUGAAAUCGUGGUAAAUACAACAGAUGAUACAUAUAUGACCAGCUCAAAGUACGAAAAUGGAGGUUAAAUCUAAUUUUGUUCCUCGUAGUGAAAAUCUUUCACUCACUAAGAAGUGGAAAUAUUCACUAUAUCAUCCUGAAGACGGAUGCGACUGGAUUAUGUACAGAAUAAAGAAAUUCCACCCUAAAGAACUGUUAGAAAUAAUGAAUAGAUUAAUAGAUUUAGGUAAGAAGUGUUAAUGUGCAGCUGCACAUGUGAAAAAAAAAGAAACAAAUAUAAAAACCCUAACCUAAUCCUUCACACCUAAUCCUCUCAUAAUCCAAGGAUUAGGAGCUAAGCCUCAUCAAUUUCUCCUAUAAAUAGAUGGCAUGAAGAUUGUCCCAUUGCACCAUUUCAGAGAAGGAUAGUGAGGGUGAGAAAGUGGAAGGAAAUAGUGGGAAGAGAAAUCAGAGGGUUUGUGUUGUUUCUAUUACAGGGCCAAGGAAUAAAUUUGGUAUAGAUUCAGCAUACAAAUGGAGCACAUUUCUCUCCGGGUCUAAUUAUUCAUCAGGUCUUGCAAAUUAUAGACUGAGUUCUUAGCAAUCAAUUUUCAGCAGUAUAAAUUUUGAGGAUUUAUUCAAUAAAGUAUAUAUAUAUAUAUAUAUAUUUAUGUUGAAGAGCUGCUGCUUGUUAUAGUUUAUUGCCAUUGGCUUUUGUAACACCAUUCAGUUACAGUUACAGAGGCUGAAUUAUUUCUUCUGGCUGUUGUUGGUCAACUUGUCAACUGCUAGUAAGUUCAAUUCUUACAUUCAAGUCAUCUUAGACAAACAGACCAGGACAUAAAAUAAAAGUCAGUUGGAGAGUUUAACAUGUAAUUGUGGGGAAGCUCAUUCAAUGGUGACCUCAUGAAUUGUUGAUGCUACAUCACAGAUUGCAUAAUUUGCUUCGACUUGGGUGCUGUUUGGACACUUCUUGCAUAAUAUCUUAGCAAAUGGCCA